AUGAGGCGGAUCUAUGCAGCAUGGACGCUAGUUGCAGCGGCUGGUGUGAUGGACUGCUCCCCACGAUUGGAGAAGGCUGCCGCCUUUACACUCGGGCCAGAUAGCCAGGUGAUAGUAUUCCCGUUUAUGUUCCAGGGAUACAAUAUUGUUGUGCUACCGACAACGAAGUACGGCGACUUGAAGGGAAAUGCAAGGAGACGUGUUGCAUCCUUUUUAGAACACAAUAUUUCUCACGCGGUGUGGUAUUUUGUGGUUGGCGGGAUAGCAUACAAGGAUGAUCGAUCUGAGAGGCUGUUUAGUGAAAUGAUGGACGGGUACUUGAAGAAGAUAUCUGCAGGUGCAUCAAAGGUGUACAAGGGAGGCCGCAAGAUGUUUAGCGAGUCGUUGGAAACAGUGCAUGAAAUGAUAUUUGAAUGCAACAAAGCGGGAGAUGGUCAUGUAGUGAAGUAUGGAAAAAGUAUCAUAAACAGACUUAGCGACAUGAUAGAAAAUGCACCUACCGGAAUAUCUGCAGAAGAGAAAAGGGAGUAUCGAAGGUUUUGGAGUAGGGUUAAGGAACGCGCAGGGUUUCUUUAUAGUACGGAAAGAUUGAGGCGGGUAGUUGAGGUGGAGAAGAUAGUGUGCAAUGCAUGCAAGGAGAUCUGCCUUAAGUUGAAAGAGGAGGAGCUGAUGGGACUGUUGGCAGAGGGGAAGAUGAAAAAGGAUUUAAAGGCAACGGUUGAUGAAGAUGAGAUUGGCCACUGUCUAUACUUAGAAUAUACUGUUGUUAACACUAGUCUGUUAUUAGAUGCACACAGAGAGCAUGGAGGAGAUGUUACAAGGGAGUUAGUCAAGCAGAUGCUGCUGGGGAAGAAGGGAGAUGAGAUAGACAGGAGAUAUAUCAACAAGGUCGCGAAUGUAGUUAAGGAAAGGCAGAGAAGGGAGAUGGAGAAGAAGGAGGAGGAGAAGAAGAAGGAGGAGGAGAAGAAGAAGGAGGAGGAGAAGAGGAAGGAGGAGAAGAAGAAGAAGAAGGAGGAGAAGAAGGAGGAGAAGAAGAAGAAGAAGGAGGAGAAGAAGGAGGAGAAGAAGGAGGAGAAGAAGGAGGAGAAGAAGGAGGAGAAGAAGGAGGAGAAGAAGGAGGAGAAGAAGGAGGAGAAGAGUGGGAAGUCUCUGAGGGAGGGGGAGGCAAGUGAGGAAGCGGAGAUGCCGUCCGUGGAGGUUGGAGGAGCACGCAGGAAGACAGGUAAGAAAAGUGAGGGUGGUCGGAAGCGCUACAAGAUCCACAGAAGGGUUUCCCGAUGGAGAAAGAGCCCUGAGAAGAUCAAGGAGGAGUGGGACAAAGGAAGCGAGGAGAAGUGGAGGGGAAGGUCUCUUGAAGAGAUCAAGGAGCAGAAGGUGUUCCAUGACAUAAUGGGUGUGCUGGAACUUCUCAGGAGUGAAGAUGCAGACAAGUUCUUUAUAGAUACAGGAGAUUACACCAAGGGCGGGAGUGAGAGGCAGAGGAUGGUGGCGAUUGGGGUUCUUGAGAGCGGAGGAAAGAGGAUGGCAGGAGUGGUGGAGGUUGGGACGUUCAAGGACUCUUCUAGUGGAUGCCCAGUUGUGUACCACCUGAUGUUCCGGGUUACAGGGAUAGAGGGGAUGGGAGAUGUUAUGAGCCCAGAGUUUGCUGAGGCUAAUGACAUUGAGAAGAUAGAUAAGAAUAGGGAAUACCAGGAUGAGGGCAUGUUUGUGUAUCCAAGAGGAGUAAGGUUUGAAACGGUGAAGGAGACCGAUGCAUUCCAGAUAGUGUGGGGGAAUCCUUCAAACACCUCCAAGGUUCUCCGGCGUCUCACGAUUCAGCGCAGGCCAUAUGUGAUCUGA